AUGAGCGACGCCCAAGCAAAUGAGGCCGAGAAGAACAUCGAGAUUUGGAAGGUGAAGAAACUUAUCAAACGACUGGAAGCCGCCCGAGGAAAUGGAACCUCCAUGAUUUCCCUUAUCAUUCCGCCGAAAGACCAAGUUUCUCGAGCUGCGAAGAUGUUGGCUGAAGAAUACGGAACCGCAUCAAAUAUUAAAUCACGAGUCAAUCGUCAAUCUGUCUUGUCUGCCAUCACAUCUACACAGCAGAGACUGAAGCUGUACAAUAAAGUUCCUCCGAAUGGAUUAGUUGUUUAUUGUGGUGAAAUCUUGACAUCCGAGGGCAAGGAGAGAAAGGUCAACAUCGAUUUCGAGCCUUUCAAGCCUAUCAAUACUUCUUUAUAUCUUUGUGACAACAAAUUCCAUACCGAGGCUCUCGCAGAACUUUUGGAGUCAGAUCAGAAGUUUGGUUUCAUUAUCAUGGAUGGUAAUGGAGCCCUUUUUGGAACCCUGAGUGGUAACACCCGCGACGUUGUUCACAAGUUUUCCGUCGAUUUGCCAAAGAAGCACGGCCGUGGUGGACAAUCUGCGCUGCGUUUUGCCCGUCUUAGAGAAGAGAAGCGUCACAACUACGUCCGUAAGGUUGCUGAAUUGGCUGUCCAAAACUUCAUCACAGCCGACAAAGUCAACGUGGCUGGCAUUAUCUUGGCUGGAUCUGCUGACUUCAAGAACGACCUUAAUCAAUCCGAUCUGUUCGACAAUCGUCUUCAAACCAAGGUUAUCAAGGUCGUGGAUGUUUCUUAUGGGGGUGAGAACGGUUUCAACCAGGCUAUUGAACUCUCAGCCGAGACCCUCAGCAACGUCAAAUUCAUUCAGGAGAAGAAGCUCAUUGGAAAGUACUUCGAGGAGAUCAGUCAAGACUCUGGUCGGGUUUGCUAUGGUGUCGAGGACACUUUGAAGGCCUUAGAACUUGGAGCUGUCGAAAUUCUCAUUGUAUUCGAGAAUCUCGAGAUCAAUCGUUGGACCCUCAAGGAUGUCAACGGAACUUUGACCAUUCUCCACACCACCAAGCAACAAGAGGCUGCCAACAGAGAUCAAUUCAUGGACAGAGAAACCGGACAGGAAAUGGAAGUCGUUUCACAAGAGUCCUUCCUUGAAUGGAUCGCCGAGAAAUACAAGGACUUCGGAGCAACUCUGGAAUUCGUUUCCGACCGCUCCAGUGAGGGCAACCAAUUCGUCAAAGGAUUUGGUGGAAUUGGUGGCCUUCUCCGCUACAAGGUCAACUUUGAGCAGUUGGCCGAAGUUGACGAUGACGAUGACUACUACGACGAUUGA